AUGCCAGCUGCCGAACAAGUAGCGGCCUUCAAAUACUGCUCUCCCAAGGAUCCGCGAUAUCCCGUGGCCCUGCCGACUAGAUUUCUAGCGAUGAACUUCGCUUGGAGGAGAGCGGACAUGCCCGACUUGACCUUUCCCAAUAUCUUCGACAGAAACUCAAUGCAGAAGCAUCCGCUGACGGGCGCUCCUUUGCCGGCGCGGACCAAGGGGCACUGGGCGAUGGACUUCCCAACGAGAGGGGCCCACAUGAGCUUCUUCAUGCCACCAGAAGGCGACUUAUUGAAGCAGUUGUCAUUCUCGGACGGCGGUAUCAUCGAGAGGAGCGAAGAUGACCAAAGCACGGGGAGGUGGGGGGUCGCUGGCUGUGUCACAUACUGCCUUGCCGAUCAGAUACGCGUCUGUUGCUGGGAUGAUGCUUCAAAAUCUCGUACCGAAAGGAUUGACUUGAACACUUGGAUCCCUUGGUUUGCGGAUGCCAACCGACAGCGCUAUCCUUACAUGUUCCCAUCGCGGGAGAGAUUAGCUGCCUGUGAUUACAUUCGGCGACAGCAGCAGACCAACAGACUCCAGUUUGACAGGGCGCUUGCUUGGGCUUACAAUAACGGCAUCAGAUUGUGGGAAAAGGGUUGA